AAUCACAGACACAUUUGGUGGUGAGAUUCUUUAUUGGAAAACAUAACUUUCCUAGUUUUCGUUCGUUUUUCAUUCAGAAAUUAUGAGAACUUAAAAAUAGGUGUGGCAUUAUUUUUUAACUGAGAUCUUUAUAUUCUUACAGAUUAAUUUAGAUAUUUAUGCAGUAAAAAGUAUUCAGACGUCGUUAUAACACAUAAUCAAAAUGCCGGUCUUGGAAUCUUGUUGGUCGCCAUGCAUUUGGUCAUCGAAUGUGAAGACAGGCAGCAAAGCAGUUGCAGUUUAUACAGCCGCAAUGAGUAUAGUUCUUAUAACUUUUAUAGCUUACCAAAUGGCUGGAGGAGACUCGACUCAAUUAUGGAACCCUCUCUUUGAAGCUGAUGUCAGAGGAUCUUUACAGGUUUUUGGAAACUUCUUCAUUGUUGUUUUUCUACUCCUAUUCACAUUCUCCAUUUUAAUGGUAAUUGGAAUGAAUAUUUGGAUGAGAGGACUGAUGUUACCGUGGAUGAUCACUUUUGGAAUAAUUAUAGUGUUCCAACUCAUAUUUGGUUUGUGGCUGAUUGGCGGUUACUAUAUAUAUCUUGAUGCCACAUUUGCAGCAUUUAUUGAUUUUCUCUGGAUGUCUUACAAUAUUUACUGUUGGCUGUGCGUUUUAUCGCAGUAUCAAAUAAUUUUGGAGAUGCAGUCACCAAAUAUUGAAAUAUUAGUUGAAUAUUAGGUGUAUACACGAUGAAAUCCACAAAGAUAAAUCUAAGACUGUACUUUUUAAGAUUGUAUUUUUAAUUUCACUAA